CCAAUUAAAGAGUUGACGAAUUUCGUUAAUCGAUCUCAUUUCAUCUUCCUCCAAUUUGAGGAACACAUAAAAACAGUGAGCGGAAGAACAUUCCGGCCAAGCUUGAAAUAUUCCGGCCAACUUUUAUCUACGAGAUCUGAAACUUCGACAUUCCAAAAUCUGAAGGGUUUGAUUAAUCAUGGCUUGGAGAGCACAAUUAUCGAAGAACUUGAAGGAGCUUCGUGUUCUUCUCUGCCAAACUUCCCCUGCAAGUGCUGAAGCUAGAGCUUUUGUUGAGAAAAAUUACAAGGAAUUGAAGACAUUGAACCCCAAAUUGCCAAUCUUGAUUCGUGAGGCCCGUGGCGUGGAGCCUCAACUUUGGGCCAGAUAUGACUUUGGUGUUGAAAAAGGUGUUCGCCUGGAUGGCAUGAAUGAGGCACAGAUAUCGAAGGCGCUUGAGGAUCUUGUGAAAGCCGGGGGAGGUGUCAAAGCUUGAGCCUUCUCCUUCGAACAGUUGGACAUCAGUUUGCUUCUUUUGCUUUGGCCAUACCUAGAGAAAGUGAAAUGCACUCUGUCUCUCCAUUUUCUUUCUCUGUAUCAUUUGAAUGAACUAGCAUUCAUCCUCUAUGAUAGAUAGCAAGAGGGCAUCAGGCGACGACGGCCACUCUUCAACUUUUGCCCCUUCGAUUGUUUUAGAGUUGAGUUUUUCCUUACUGUAAUAAUCAUCCUGGAAAUUCACUGCUAACUAUUCAAGAUUUCAAGUACUAGACUGUGUCUUGGACUUGUUAAAUUUAUAAUAACUUCCAAAAUCACUUUCA